AUGACUUUGUUCGUUGUAUUAAUUAAAAAACAUGAUACUAUCCUGUAUGACACUGUAAGUUUUUCAACUGUUUGCCGCUACAUACUGUAUUGUUUAGUUACUAUAGAUCACUAUAUUAUAUAAUUUAACGCGAGAUUUAAUAAAUUAAUAAUAUGAUCUUUUUUAUAAUUAUUUUUUAGGAAAGAAUGCGCAUUGACUUACAAACCCUUUACGAGACCUUGCUCGUUGGUUAUAGUCCUUGCCAUGGCUUUACCCAGGUUAAGGGACACACAGGAGGUUUCUAUCAUGUAGUCUGUCGUCAUGGGGUAAGUGAUGUUUACCAGUACUGAUCACUGUAGUCUGUAGUGUUAUACAUGUUUGUGUCCUUAUCCUCGGCUCGUUUAUAUUCAGAUUCAAUAUAUUAUGAUCGUGCACGGGAAUUCAACGAUCCAAAUUUCGGAUUUUCAGAGUCGUGCACCAAGAAAAACGCAUUAAAUAAACUAGCAAGAAUGUCCAGAGUUAGACACAAUGCAAAAUCCAUAGAAAACAGGUACAAUUUGUUCAAAAUUUUCACGAAAUGGGGCCCGAAAUUGUAUGAAACAUUUUGCCCACUCCACGAAAGGCCCCGCCAUUUUGAAAAGGAUCAAGCAGCUCAUUAAUAUUCUAUUUUGUGGCUAUCGACGAUUGGAGAUCCACUAUCCGUGAUCCGUGACAAAUGCAUGCCGAAACCUAUACUCGUCUGGGGCACAGGAGGCAGCACUUUCCUUGCGAUAGUAAUUUUUUUACGUAUAAUGGACGAUGGACUACCGGUCAUUACGGGAAAACAAUGGCCGCUGAAAGCGCUUCUCAGCCAAUCACAGUCCGCCAUUUCACUGGAAGUUAUGCUUGCCAUAUAAUAAAGUUGUUUAAUUUGAUAUUGCUGUGCAUAUACUUGGGUAUGACCAAUUAACGGAACUUUAGACCACGGAACUGCGGAACUUAAUAAUAUCGCCUUUUACUUCUUGUAUAAACAUUGGUCCUUUAAUAAUUUAAGCAUUUUUGGUGUCUAUUUACACAAUUUUGUUCUAUUUCGCCAGUAUAUUAGUUUGGACAACAAAAAAAGCAUGCACGUCACUUCUCAGUACAGUAAGUAAGUAUUCUCUAGCGUUCUCACUUGGAAGUUGGAAACCAUCUUGUAGAAAAAAAUUCAGACUUACUUUGGAAGAACGUUUUAGUAAGUAGAGGCAUGGCGCUACAGUGUGACCAGAUUAUAUCAUACACUGUAUUUAUCUCAUGAUCCGAGUAACAUAAAUGGAGGAUUAUAUUACACGGCACGUGGUCUGCCGUUCCGUUAAUUAGUCAUACAUCAUAUACUUGCUGUACCGCAUGUAUUAAUUUCGUUUUUUACCAGGUUACUGCAGCCUCAAAAUUCCUGACCAUUAAAGAAUCUGUGCGGGAUGCUGCAGAUUUGUAUUUAUCCUUCAAGCAUAUUCCACUAGCUUUUCUCUGCGAUACCCCUUGUGGGUUUGUUAGACAUUUGGGGUGUCGUGCCAAAGAAGUAACUGAACAACUUUGGGGGAAAUUCUGUGGCUGCUUUGAAGAACCUUCACUAGAAAAAUCUCCUACCACAGUAAGUCAUUAAUAUAGUAGAAAGUACAUGCAUGCAGCAACCCCUCGCCUUUAAUAAAAGAUGAAGUAUAAAAACUCCACAUAAAGUAUUAAGUAUUAUUAAGUAUUAAUAUUAUUAUACAUAAAAAUAACAUUCGCUGCAAUUUCAUGUACACCAGCUUCCAUCAAAAUAAAACACAUUAUUUAUUGUGAAUUGUCGAGUUAAGGAUGGCUUAAAAAUUUCGCAGAUAUGAAUAAAAUCGACAACACAAAGCAAGUGUUUGUGCGAUGUUUACACUUAAUACCCAAACCAGCACAACAACGAUUAAAUUAUUAAAAACAUCAACAUAAAAACAAUUAUUACAAACUUUGUUUCACGGUUGAACAGCCACUAAUUCACGAAACUACAAGCUUAUUUCCAGUUAAAAGCGAAAGAACUGAAAAGUCUUGUAGUUUUUUAAACAAACAAAUAGACCUUAUGUGUAAUGACGUCAGAAGGCUUGAUGCCCGCGAGGAAUGCUGGUUCUAGUAGUUUUCGCCCGGGAAAAUUUCGAUUGUGGCCAUUUUGAAUUGUUUAAUUUUUCCGGGCGUUGACUACUAAGACCAGCAUUUCUCGCAGGCAUCAGACUAUGUGACGUCAUUAUUCAUAAGGUAUUUUGCUGAUUUGCUGUAAAGCAGCAAACGUCCUUUCACGACUUUCACCAGAACACUGUGACUGACUGACUGACCAGAGCACAAUUGUACUCGCGCAUGUGCAUAACGUCAAAAACCAUCCAUGACAUAUAAACAAAAUGGAGGAUAACUUUCAACUUCGCUAUGUUUUCAUACACGGGUAUAAUAAGCCGUCCGGAAUUAGUACCCUUACUGUUGGCUCGGGGCAAUUAAAAUUUGCGGCAAUUUUCCCAUAUGAUUUAGGGUCUGUUCAUAUGGAAAGAAGUUAUCCCCGGUUAGCGAGAAAACAUUUCGACAAGUUUACGUACAGGCGAGAUCUCGUCAUGUUAUGAAAAUAAUAUGAAAAAGUCACACCGCAUUCAUAUGAGACGAAAAGUUUUCGUGUGUACCGAUAUCUCGCUUGUUGACAGGCGACAUCUCGGUGCAUGACCAGGAUAAUGUUUUUCCCAUAUAAACACAACAUAACCACAACUUUGGCGCUUAGCUGGAAAACAUUCUUACAAAUCCUUGCGCGUCACACCAGUGCUAGGUCACAAGCCGGAAACUUUACCCGGUAAGCGUUCCCAUAUGAACAGAACAAAAUUAUUUGGCUAGUCGAAAUGUUUUUUCACUAACCGGGAUAACUUUUCCCCAUGUCAAAAGGCUCUUAGAAAAAAACUAAUUAAUUGUCCAAAGUUCAGAAUUAACUAUUGCAUAAUCACCGAUGUUCGAAAUAAUCACCAAUACCAUUGGAACAGACAACGCGUUUGGGGUUUUAAAUAUUUUUGCAUGAAUUGGGUUCAAAAUUCACAUCACACACAAUUUCUAAAUGCUUUUUAGGGAAUAAAUGUACCAGCGCUUGUAACGUCGGAGUACCGUGCAGCAGAUAAGGAAAUGGUUGAUCCUGGAGAUACCAUAGCACAUCCACUCACUGGUAUGACACGGAGAUACGUUUUGGGAGAUAGAUUUCAUGCGGCAAAUAACCCACACAAGUCCCCAUUAUGUCGGUAUCAUGACAUCAAUUUAUUGCAACAAUCAAAUACCAUCAAGACAAGCUACCAGGAGUCAGAAAACAACAGGAAAAAUGUACGACGACUCAGAAGUUCAUGCAUGCAAAAUUUUUCUACUCAUUAUUUUUACAAUUACUUAAUGGACUUUUACCAAAAUGAGGAAAUUGUAAAGAACCAAAAGGCUACUAUUUCCAAGAUUCUUAAACCUAAUGAAGAAUUAAUAAGGGAUACGUAUAUGCGCUUCAUAGUUAAAGAACGCUAG